AUGAAGCAGCACUUUUGUUUGAAGGAAAUUGAUGAUCGUGAUGAUGAGCUGGUUUACCGACAUGAAGUUUGGAGGAUGGAAAGCGAACUGAAGGAGGCACUUCCUCAUAUUUAUGAUAGGCUUAUGGACCAUUGCAGGGCCCUUGAUGCAGAGCUUUGGAAUGAGAUUGACAUUGGCGAUCGCUUCUUUCCGGAGAUCGAGCCCUGUAUUCGCACUUGGUUGUGUAUGCUUUGCAACUGA